AUGAAGGAAUCCGCGAUGGCCGCGUGCGCGGACGAGCAUUUGGCGCUGCUGGCGUGCAUGCGCAACCAGUCGUCUCUUGCGCUCAUCUGGGGGCAGUCGGAGGAGUGCCGCGCCAAGCACGCGGCGUUCUGGGAGUGCUACGGCCGCCACCGCGGCGUGCGGGGGAACAGGAUCGCCGCGUGGCUGGCGCAGCCGUGCUACGGCCGGCUCCGCGGCGUGCGGGGAAACAGGAUCGCCGCGUGGCUGGCGCAGCCGGUGCUUUCGACGGGCGCGGAGGAGGGGGGAAGGGAGGACGGGGGAGGGGAUGAACGAAGGCUGGAGAAGGAGCAUUGA